AUUUCGAAGUUUACAACUCUUCCACUAGAAGCGCGGCAAGUCUUGUAUAUAAGCUAUAUAUUUUAUCUAAAAGUAAUAUUAGUGUUUAGCGAUUCUAUCUAAAUUUAUUAUAAAACUAGUUUAUCAGUUAAUAUCUGUUAAUGUUAAUUUUUAUAUAUUGCUCUUUAAUUGUGAGGGAAAAAAAGGAUUUUCUCAAAUGACGAUACUAGUUUGAAUGAGUUUUUUAUUUUCGUUUUGCGAUUUUACUUCGUUCCAGUCAUAAUAUUAACAUGAAACUUUUAGAAUGUCAGAGAGUGAGGAGGAUUUGAAUUUAUUACAAUUGGAUGGUAGCAGUGAUAAAAAAAAACACAAAAAAAAAGAAAAAAAAGAGAAGAAAAAGAAAAAGAAGAAGAGUAAGAAGAAAUGGAAAAAAAAGAACUUGGAUUCUGAUUCUUCCGAUGAUUCAUCCGACGAAUCCACUAAAGAUGAAAAGGAAGCCGAACCUGUUAAGGUUUACACAGCACCUGUAAAGAGAGAUGAUUGGAUGCUUGGCCUUGGAGGAAAUGACGGGUUUGGCAAUUUUUCGGAUAAUAAAUGGAGCUUUCAAAGGCAAGCUAAAGAAGACAAGAAGGAACCAAGUGCAAUUAUUGAAAAGGCAGGUCCGGGACAAAAUUCCUUGGAAUUAAAUCCUUACUGGAAAGAUGGGGGAAGUGGACUGCCUCCUGAAAAGGAAGUUGAAGAGAGAGCUCCUAGAAAAAGUAAAUUUCUUCGACCAGGUGAUUCACCACCUCCAUCUUAUUACAGCCGCCCUAUAAGUCCUUCGAGCUCUCAAGAACCUGCUAGAACAUCUUUUGGGGCCAGCACGUCAUCACAUAACGAAAUUUUUCCCACAUCCUUUGGCGUCGAGAGGCCUCCACCACCGUAUGUUGAAAGAACAGAAGAAAAACAAUCAGCUGAACCAGCUCCCCAGAUGACAAGAGAUGAAAUGAAUCGCUUAAGUGCUAGAAUAAUGAAAGCAGAGAUGAUGGACGACAAAGAAACCGUUGAAAAACUCAAGAGUCAGUUAGAAGGUGCGAGGAAUGCACUAUCGGCUGCAGAAGCUGAAAAGAAAGAUAAUACAUUACUUUUGACAAAAACCGACAAAUAUGGAAAUGUACGCCCAAUGUAUAAGGAGGAACUAAACAAAGAUAACGAUAAAAGACAGUGGAAUAAAAAAAGGAAAAAAGCUAUGGAUACUCAUGCGGCUGGAAUGAGGAAAAUAUAUUUUGCUGAUGAUAAUAAAUAUAGUCUGGACGAUCUUGUUCGCCAGGAAAAAUUAGGCGAUACAGAAGAUCAAGAAGCUUCAAUGUUAAAGAUGGCUUCUAGGAAACGAUGCGAUGAUUUUGAAGACGAAUAUUUAGAAGGAGCUGUUAAGCAUCAUGAUAAGAAUAUAGAAAAGAGGCAGAGAAGAGCAGAGAAGGAAACUAUAAAACGAGCACAAAUGUUAGAAAGUUGUAAUAAAUGCCUACAAAAUGCAAAUAAGAAGCUUAUGAUAGCUGUUGGGGAACACAGCUAUUUGUCUCUUCCCUAUCAUACAUCUCUAACUGAAGGUCAUUGCUUCAUUGUUCCUUCAUCGCAUGCAUCAUCUGCAACAACGAUUGAUGAGGAUGUUUGGAUGGAAAUGCAGGCUUUUCGAAAGAGUUUGGUGAGAAUGUACGAGAAAAAUGAUGAAGAUGUUAUCAUCAUGGAAACAAGUUUGAAACCAGGAUUUCAUAUGGCUUUAGAGUGCGUGCCGGUACCAAGAGAAAUUGGUGAUUUGGCUCCUAUAUAUUUCAAAAAAGCUAUUAUGGAAGCUGGACCCGAAUGGGCACAGAAUAAACGUGUUGUAGAUUUAGCAAAGGGCAUAAGAAAUUCUGUACCAAAAGGUUUCCCUUAUUUUGCUGUUGACUUUGGUCUAUCGAGUGGUUAUGCUCACGUUGUUGAAGAUUUAAAUUUAUUCCCAACAUACUUUGGUCGAGAGAUUGUAGCAGGUAUGAUGGACUUGGAACCUCGAUUUUGGAGAAAACCUAAACCAGAAAAUACGCUACAAAUAGAAGAAAAGGUUGACGAAAAUCGAGUAAUUCAAAUUGAUAUAUUCUCUAGAGUUUUGCUAACAUCUUCAGAACUAGUAGGUGUUAGCGAGGAAUCGUAUAGAGAACUUUUCCAACUACUCGAAACUGUUGUUGAAAGUUACGUCAAAGAAGAUUGUAAAAUAAAGAAGUCUGAAUUUUAUUUCGUUCGAGGUACGAAGGUCGAAGCAAGUUAUCAAUUUGUUCGGAGAACUGCUGUUCAAAGUUUUUGCUUUCUGUCGAAUUUUCAUAAUCUUUCUUAUUGCAAAGAUAAGUUGAUUGUUCAAACAAGGCCAUUAACUUUAGAAAGAGAAGAUACAAUAGAUUUUUCAAAUAUCUUGAAACGGCCAAGAACAAUUACAGGAUAUUUUUCAAAUCCAAGUACAAUACCGUCAAAUCUUAAAAGCCUUGCCAAAAAGAAUAAGAAAAAGCAGGAAGCUUUUGCAUCAGUGAGAAAAGAAAAUUCUCCUUUAUCGUUAAAGACUCCAUUUUUAAAGAAAUCAACAUCUGAGAAACCCAAAAAAUCAAUGUCAGAAAGAGCUAAAUCAACUAUUCAGAAGCGAAAAGUAGACAAAUCACCUGGAAGACCGAAACGAAAAACUGCAAAAUACGCUGAUAAGGAAACCCAAACAAAGCAGGACAUAAGGAAAUUUUUAAGACAAAAAUCAGACGUUGAUGUUAUAUCAAAGAGGCAUGCUAAAUAUCAAAGAAGUGUUGCAGAAGCCGUCUGUAACAAUAACAAAGAUAAAGACUGCGAUACUGAAGAGAAAGUGCUAAGAAAAUCAUUGCGUAAAAAAGCUAUUUGCAAGACGACUAAAGUUGAAAUUUGCAAUAAAACUGAUCUAAAAGCUAUGCCCAAAGACAUUAACCCAAGUUUUGAAGCUGACGAUCCCAUUAAAAAACCAUCUCAGGAAAAAAAUACACCUAGAAAGACAAGAAAUAGUGCAAAAUCCCUCGUCGAUGGAUCUAUGAUGUCAUUUGAAGAGGCAAUAUCUAAUACCAAUAUUAUAAAAAUGACCAAGCCUAAUAAAACAAAAUCGAGCGUUCGAGAAAAAUUUAACCAAUUGAUAUCAUCUGAAAUAAAAAGAAAAGAUAGGGAAAAAGCUAAAAGUAAAAGGGAUUUUUUGAAAUCGCCCAUGAAAGGCAGACAAAUUCUGAAUUUAAAGAAAUUAGUAUCUCCCGAAAAAUCUCCCAUUAAACUGUUCCAUGACCCCAGUGUUAUAAAAAAAUCAAAGGAAGAAAGACUAUUUGAAUAUUUGAAAGCCCUUAGUGGUGGAGCUUUUUUACCGAAUCCGAAUAUUGAACCUUAUAAACCCUUUUUACCACAUGAUAUGAUAUUUGAUGAAAUAGAAAAGGUUAAUUCAUUGAUAGACCUAACUAAAGGUCAGCUAAUCCGUUUCGUCAAUGCCGAGGCUAUCAGAAAGUUUAUUAGGAAAACUAUCAGAGGAGAGAAAACAUGUUGGCGAGCCAUUGAAUUCCUGGAGUGCGAUGAUUACGACGAUAGCCUUAUGAAUAAAUCGAUUAUGGAUGUCUUAGAGACAGAUAAGAAUAGUAUAGUUACUAUGGAAAUUAUGAAGAAUCAUCGAGAAUAUGCUGAAAAGCAGGGAAAAAAUCUGCUAAACUUAUGCAAUCAAGUUUUUGUGACAGAAAUUACUGUUAUGAUGGAAAUGAUUCGCAUGAAAAGGUGCCGGGAAAUAACAGAGAAUGAAAUGUGGAAGAGCAAGCUAAAAGGAUUUGAUUAUUAA